AUGAAGCAAUCCCGGCCUUGUGCGAUAUUUCUUUCUGUUUUGUUUGGGCUUGGAGGUCUUCCACAGGGACGAGCCUUCAGCCCUUCACCUUCUGCGCGAUCUCUGCAAGAAGUCCUGGAUGAGAGAUGUCGAGAAUUCUUCGUCGAGGCGUGCAAGGGGGGCUUACACGAAACAUGUGGCCAAGAUAUCGAUGUCGUGGCGCGGAAAGGCCUCGGCCGUCCGUUUCAGCCUACCCACGAGUGGCGAUGCUACAAAGCCUCUGUGUUGCUCCCUGAAGCGGAAACAAAUAAUUUCCUGACUUGUGUGGACAACUGUGGCGCCGAGAUCCAGUGCAGUGGCGGAGUUGACUGGCAGAAAACCGUCCAUGUAACUCGCCAUGAUGAGCUGUCGACGUUGAUCCAGGAGACGAUACCACUUUUCUGUAGUCCUUACCAAGCUGCCGCCAACAAGUUCUGUCAAGCCUCUUUCGCGGGAACUGUGGCGAGGAAGACCAAAGGCUUUGGAGACGAUGAUCCUAUUAUUUGGAGAUGUUACGAACCGGGGAGUUUGUUGUUCUCUAUUUACGGGGAGUGCAUAAGCAACUGCGGACAUUCAUGGUCUUGCCCAGGAGGUCGCGCAGGGACGCGGACGGAUCUCGACCGGCAGCACUACACGCUUCAGGCCUCUAUUCUUGAUGUAAUCGCGACGGUGGAGGAGCCGUGUUCUUCAGAAGACGUUUGUCUUCCGACGGACCAAAACCCUCCGGCGUGCGUUGAUAGAAACGGGCGGCGCGCCGGCCCAGAAGAAUCCGCUGUGAAUGCCGCUACUUCACUCCAAGCCGCUCUAGACGCGCGAUGCCAGGAAUUCUUUGCUGAGAGGUGUAAGGAGGGGGACGACCAGACAUGCGGCGAAGAUAGCAAGGUAGUGGCGCGUAGAGGCCGGGGCCUUCCGAAUCAGCCUACCCACGAGUGGCGAUGCUACGAAGCCUCUAUUUUGCUCGCCGAAGAUGAAGAAGAUAAUUUCCUGACCUGUGUGGACAACUGCGGCGUCGAGAUCCGGUGCGAAGGCGCAGUUGACCCGUCGACCACAGUUCAUGUGACGCGCAACAAAGCGUUGACGGCAUUGAUUGAGGAGAUGAAGCCACGUUUCUGUAGUCCUUACCAAGCUGCCGCCAACAAGUUCUGUCAAGCCUCUUUCGCGGGAACUGUGGCGAGGAAGACCAAAGGCCUUCGGGAUGAGGAUCGUGUAGCUUGGAGAUGUUACGAUCCGAAAAAACUGUUGUUCUCUGUCGACGCAAGCUGUGUGAGCAAUUGCGGGGACGUCGAAUCGUGUCCAGGGGGGCGAAAAGGGACAUCAACGGAGCUGGAUGGACAACACCUCUCGCACGACAUAAACAUUCGGAAGGCGAUCGAGGCUGUCAAAGAUCCGUGUCCCGCAGGGCAGAGGUGCUUUCGGACGGAGCAAAAUCCUCCAGAGUGCGUUGCAGAGGAUAAGCAUCUUAUAAUGGGGAACAAAGGAUCUCAAGUAGGGCCCGAGUCUGAAAAGUCAACAGAGGAUGAAACGACUGCCGACACAGAUGAUUAUGAAUUGCUGAAGAAAGGCCGUGAGAGUGAGGAGAGAGACCGACAGGAACAGCAAGGGACUGAUGAUCAAACAGCGGGUGAUUCGGACGAGGGAGUGUUCAAUGCAGCGGGAGUGAAGGACGUCGAUAGUCACAGGGCGCAUCUACCAGGUGGUCAAACCGUCGCUGAUGACAAGGCGGAUAUGCAACUGAAACAAGGAGAGCAGCUAGUGCUUGGCGUUGAAUCACCAGCGCUAAACGUAACCAUUGGCUCUUGUGACCAGUUCACUGUGAAUAUUUCUGAGAGCGUGCUGAGUAUUGCUGGGGGUAGUCAAUCAGAAGCCAUUACAUAUCCACUUGAAGGUGCGAUAGGCCGUGCGAUCUUCACGGUGGGGCUGGGCAACGCUGGGCGCAUUGGCGUAACCCUCAAGUACGGCAUCGACACAGGAUAUACCAGAUCGCUUGGGUACGUCCUUGAAAACUCUGUUUGCGGCUCGAGCGCAGACGUUUCGUUCCACGAUAUUGGUUCCGGAGCUACGCUCGUGAGAUUGCCGGUGGGAGAGAAUCGUGUGGCUGCGUGA